CGGUGCUAUAAUUCACAGGCGAUUCUAGAGGGAACUCAAGUCUGCUUUGUCUUCCAAAGAUCCAUUGCAAAGAUCCUAAAUGGAUUCCAAACAGGUUUAUGCGUCUCUGGUGCGGGGUGUCCAUUCCUUCGAUUUCACUGGGGAUCUCUACCCCAGUGAACUGCUGCUCAUAGGAGACAAAGCUUUUCCGGUGCUUGUGAGUAACAGUGGGCAAGUGCUAAUUGCCUCUUCCCAAUAUGGGAAGGGCCGAAUGGUAGUUGUUUCACAUGAAGGCAUUCUGAAAGAUCCCCAGUUCUUGCCAUUCCUUAAAAAUGCUUUGCAGUGGCUCAAACCCUCCCAAGCGGCCGAGGUGGGUGUUGAUGCAAGCUUGGAUGCCCUGUCUCAAAUGUUGCUCCGUGAUGGCAUGAAAGUGCAACAAGGUGCAACUCUGGGGGCUAAGCUAGGAGUGUAUUGCACAGAUGCCUAUAAUGAGCAGAAUGCUGAUGACCUUGUGCAGUUUGUAAAGAGAGGUGGGGGGUUGCUUAUUGGAGGGCAGGCCUGGCAUUGGGCAGGGCAACAUGGAAUGCAGAAAGUGCUUCGUGGGUUUCCUGGCAACUGGGUGACUGGUGUGGCUGGCGUGUACUUCACUGGCAACGUGGGAGAAAAAGGGACCUUCCCAGUAUCCCAAGAGAUGCCAAGGAUUCCACUCAUCACCGAGCAUGGACUAGACACCCAAAGUGAUUUAAAAGCUAUUCUAAAAGGGGUAUCGAAGAUCGAUUUGCAGAAUAUUGUUGCUUCUAAGCUUCUAAUCCAUGGAACAUUGGCAUUUCCACUUGGCAUAGAUGCCGAUCAUGAAGCAUUGCUUGCUGCUGCUUAUUAUGGCCGGGGACGUGUCAUUGUAGCUUCUCAGGAAAACCUAUUCACCAAAUCAUCAAUGAAAACAUUUCUUCUUAAUGCAAUUGACUGGCUGAGUUCUGGAAAGGUAAAGAAAGUUGGUGUGGCUGAUGACCUCCAGGAUCUUUACUCCAUGUUAAAACUCGCAAAUAUCCCAUGCGAAGUAACAUCACUUAAAGAUGACCUAAGUGUGUAUUGUUGUUCAGCAUAUAGUGAUAGAGAGAUGGAAAAAAUUCAUGAGUUUGUUUCUGAAGGAGGUGGUCUCCUUAUUGGGGGACAAGCAUGGUCAUCUGUCGAGAACAUUGCUUCCAAUGCCAUGGCUGUAUAUCCAGGAAACAAGAUACUGAACAAGUUUGGAAUUGGAAUCCUUCAGAAUGUCCUGAACGUACCUGGUGAUAGCUACUCAGUUCAACCCAUCAAAGAGCUUUCUUCCUCCUAUCACUUCCGGAAGGCAUUGUUUCAAUUCAAGCAACACCUUCAGAAUCACCAACCUCUAACAUCACCAUAUUCCUCAUGGGUUCAAAAGUUAGGACAAGAUUCUGCAGCAUUCAUCAACAUCCCUGCCACCAAUUCUCCUCCCUUCUUCUCUGUUGAUGAAGAUCUGAUGGACCUGGUCGUGCAGAAUGGAAUUCCUGAUAUCAGUGCCAGUAACCCAAUCAAAGCCCAUUCAGAUGAGGCAUUUUGUAUCAUCUUGUCUUCAGAACUCUACAACAAAUUCCCAGAGUUCCAGAAGCUCCUACCCAAGCUGAAUCAACAUUUUGCAACAAAUUAUCCCAUAGCCCCACGUCAAGCUAUUUCAGUAAAUGGAAAGAACAAUGGUCAGGAAGCAUGGCGAAGCACGGGUUUUUACCUUCCUCCAGGUAAAACUGCUACCUUGGUCUUUCCAUCCAAUGUCAUCAAUUCAAAUUUACAGGUCCAGAUUGGCUGUCACUCAGAUGAUCUCAGCGAGGCUGAGCAAUGGAAGCGUGCUCCAGUGGUUAUAAGGCGAUUUGAAGUCAAGAAUCCCCGGAUGGAAGUCUCCAGCUUGUGGGGCGGACUCAUAUAUGUUAUCGUGCCUGCAGAAACCUCACUGGGACCCAUUUCCAUCACUAUAGAAGGGGCGGUCAAGGCACCUUAUUUUAAGCAUGGUGACACCAGCCUGUCCGCCUGGCAGAAUACCAUCCGCAACUCCACGGCUCCCUGGACUGAACUGGAAACUGAGAACGUGAUUUUGACAGUGCCCACGGAAGACGCGAAAAAAAUCGACAACCCAGACAGUCUCUUCACGAUUUGGGACAACAUGAUGAGAGCUGUGGCCAAAUUGGCAUCCGUCUCCCCUGUGUUCCCGAGGCCAGAGAGACUUGUGGCAGAUGUUCAGACAUCAGUUGGUUGGAUGCAUGCUGGCUACCCUAUCAUGUAUCACUUGGAUUCAGUGCAGGAAAUGACAGAUGUGAAGUCCAUCCAUGACAAUGGUCUAUGGGGUGCCAUCCAUGAACUGGGCCACAAUCAGCAGCAGAGUGGGUGGGAGUUUCCACCCCAUACCACUGAAGCCACCAACAAUCUCUGGUCUGUUUAUGUGAACGAGACUGUACUGCAUGUCCCAAGAGAAAGGGCCCAUCCAGAGCUGGCACCAGAACUUAGAAAGGAGAGGAUAGAAAAAUAUGUUCGGACUGGCCAGUUGAAGGACUUCCAGGAAUUUGUUGCUCUGGAACCCUAUUUACAGCUGCAGGAGGCAUUUGGAUGGGAGCCCUUAAUGCACAUCUUUGCUGAAUAUCAAAAAAUGACCAACAUUCCUGAAGAUAAUGACUCCAAGAUGAAUCUAUGGGCAGAGAAGUACUCUGAGCAAGUGAAGAAAAACUUGGCCCCUUUCUUUAAAGCCUGGAAGUGGCCUAUUACAAAUGAACUUUCUCAGAAGUUGUCCAGAUCUUUCCCUGUGUGGACCGAGAAUCCAAUGAAGCAGUACACAUCUCCAUAGGAAGCCAGAUAUGACAGUAAGUCAACAGAUUGAUUUGGCCCUUGAACCAACUCUAGGGAGUACAGCCUGCUUGACUUUGGAGACAGUGAAUGAACUGGAACACAAGAUGAAAAUGAAUGAACUUCACAAUCAAUGAAUUUCAAUAAUUUGGUGAAUGAAUCUGGGUUAGGGCAUCCAGCUGCUGCUUUUUUAAAAUAAAGAUCUGUUGCUAGAAACUAAUAUGAAAUAAUGCUAAUUGAUAAUAUUUGGUCUCACUGUAACACAUACUUCAGAAAUACAAAAACACAGAAUUGUCAUCUGAUAAACAGUAGUUGUUGAAGGCUUUCAUGGCUGGAAUCACUGGGAUGUUGUAGGCUUUUCGGGCUAUAUGGCCAUGUUCUAGAAGCAUUCUCUCCUGACAUUUU